AUGGCGGCAUGGGCGGAUGAUUUUGACCCCUCGCUCGAGGGCGGGUUUGCCGACGAAACUUCGUUCCCCUUUGAAGACGGGGCCGACGUCCGCGCGGCCGACAACGAGAAGCUGGCGUGGGAAAACGCCAAGCUUGUUGUUGAGACCAUCACCGACAGCGAGAACAAGCGGUACGAAAUUGUGAAGAAGGUCCGGACCUACCAUGUGGACCGCCCCGUCACAGUCGUAGAUGUCCGCGCCAGGUGGAAACCCUUUGGUAAGAGCAGCGACGAUAACCACGAACUCGUCUCACGGGAUCCUCCUAUUGUAUUAGAGUUGGGCGAAAUCGACCCAUUUGAACGCGUGGCGCGUGACGAAGUAGUGCGCCUUAUGAACGAGUUGGAGCGUAUGAAGAUGGACGUCACCGACCCCCGCCUGGCCCGCUUCGCGAAAAUCAAAGAGGAACAGGAGAAGGCUGCGAUGUUGGAGGACGCGCAGACGGAUCAGCCGAAGGAGCGCACGUGGGCUGCCGCCAGGGGAGAAAAGACGUCGGCACAGCGCAGCGAAGACACGGAUCGGCGUCUGCGCAUCACAAACAUCUCGGAUGACAUUACCGUGGACGAGCUUUACAACAUCUUCCACACCAACGACUACAGAAUUGAGAAGCUGUUUCUUCCCACAGAUAAGGAAACGAAGAACUACAGAGGGUUUGCCUUUAUUACAUUUGAAACCCCUGAACAGGCUGACCGCUGCCUUAAGAAGACUAAAGGUGUGGCACGUUUUAAGAAUACGGUGAUGCACAUCGUGCGCGCCCUUCCGGAAGCUGAGCGGAAGCGGAAUUGA